AUGGCCGUGUCGUCGCGCUCCGCCGUCGUGGCAGUCACCGACGCCGGCGCCGGCGAGGACGCAGACCGAGCCCGGCUGCACCAGAUGGGGUACAAGCAGGAGCUGAAGCGCGGGCUCAGCGUGCUGUCCAACUUCGCCUUCUCCUUCUCCAUCAUCUCCGUGCUCACCGGCGUCACCUCCACGUACAACACGGGGCUGCGCUACGGCGGGCCGGCGUCCAUGACGCUGGGGUGGCUGGUGGUGGCGGCGUUCAACGCCUGCGUGGCGCUGUCCAUGGCCGAGAUCUGCUCCGCCUACCCGACCUCCGGCGGGCUCUACUAUUGGAGCGCCAAGCUCGCCGGCAAGAAGUGGGCGUCCCUCGCCUCCUGGGUCACUGGCUGGUUCAACAUCGUGGGUCAGUGGGCGACGGCCACCAGCGUGGACUUCUCGCUGGCGCAGCUCAUCCAGGUGAUCAUCUUGCUGGCCACCGGCGGCACCAACGGCGGCGGCUACGUGGCAUCCAAGUACGUCGUCUUGGCGAUCUAUGGCUUCAUCCUCAUCCUGCAUGGCCUCAUCAAUAGCCUCCCCAUCCACUGGCUCUCCUGGUUUGGGCAGCUCGGCGCUUUCUGGAACGCGGCAGGUGUGCUUGUGCUGGUGAUCUUGAUUCCGUCUGUUGCCAAGGAGAGGUCGAGUGCCGACUUCAUCUUUACGCACCUCAACACGGACAAUGGCAUGGGCAUCCAUAACAAGGCUUACAUUCUAGGCGUGGGGCUGUUGAUGAGCAACUACUGCAUGAUCGGCUACGAUACAUCUGCUCAUAUGACAGAAGAAACGAAGAACGCCGAUAGGAGCGGUCCGAUUGGGAUUGUCACUUCGGUCGUUCUCUCAAACAUCUUUGGGUGGAUUUACCUGGUGACCCUGACUUCAGUGGUGACAGACAUCCCGUACCUGCUAAGUGCCGAUAAUGAUGCUGGCGGCUAUGCCAUCGCUCAGGCUCUGCACACCAUAUUCAACCAGAGGUACGGCAGUGGUGUUGGUGGGCUCGUGUGCCUCGGCGUCAUUGCUGUCGCCAUGUUCCUCUGUGGUGUUGCGAGCAUCACGAGCAACUCAAGAAUGGGGUAUGCCUUCUCCAGGGAUGGAGCUAUGCCGUACUCGCACCUCUGGCACCGGGUGACCAAACAUGAGGUGCCUUUGAACAUUGUCUGGCUCUCCGUGCUCGUGGCUUUCGCCAUGGCUCUCACGUCACUGGGGAGCCAAGUGGCCUUCCAGGCGAUGGUGUCCAUUGCGACUCUAGGGUUGUACAUCUCCUACGCGUUGCCCAUCUUCUUCCGGGUGACGACCGCCCGAAAGUCAUUCGUCCGAGGGCCGUUUCACCUCGGCAGGUACGGUGUGAUCAUCGGCCGGGCCGCCGUGCUGUGGGUGGUCUUCAUCACUGUGUUAUUCUCGCUACCGGUGGCAUACCCUGUGGGAAAGGACGUCUUCAACUACACGCCGGUUGCCGUCGGUGGGGUGCUGUUGCUCAGCGUUGGCUCUUGGGUGUUCCAUGCUCGGUUCUGGUUCAAGGGACCCAUCGUGAACGUUGACACAUACUAG